AGUUUUUUUCUAGGGUUUUUCUUCGUCUCAAUUUCUCCUAAAAUCAUCCAUCAAUCAAUGGCAUCAACAACUGAGCAAAAGAAGAUGUUGAUUUUAAAAUCCUCGAACGGCGACGAAUUUGAGAUCGAAGAAUCCGUCGCCGUUCAAUCAAUAACCAUAAAAAACAUGGUGGAGGACGAUUACACCAUAAUCCCACUCCCAAACGUCGAUACUCAAACCCUAAUCAAAAUUACCGAAUACAUGAUGAAACACGCCGUUGAGAAGACGAAUACGAACGAAGAAGAAAUUGAAACUUUCGACAAGGAAUUCGUGAACGGGAAGAGUUACAGAGACCUGUUUGAACUUAUAUUGGCUGCUAAUUACCUUGACAUUAAGGAUUUGCUCGAUCUUUUGUGUCAGUCGAUUGCUGAUAGGAUUAAGAACAAAUCGGCGAAUGCUGUUAAGAAGAUAUUUAAUAUCACGUCCGAUUACAGUACUGAAGAGGAAGAGGAAAAGAUCCAGGUGUCCGAGCGACAGAGUGAGGGUUCCCAGCAUUUCCAGAGCUUAUCGGAGAUUGCAAGGUAGUUGCACGGUGUCCGCAACCCUACUUUCCUCCUUCCUUUCCUUGUUUUUCUGCAUUUUUAGACUUGUUAUGUAUUAGACAGUUGGAUCAGUGUAUUUAGAGGCUCUAGAUUCGCGACACCAGAUUGUUGGGCUGUGUUGGUCUAUUUUCUGUAAUGUUUCUGCACAUUUCAGUGAUUUAUGAAUCCCUUAUGAAAGUUGAGACUUAACUAAAUGUUAGGAAAAAAUAUUUUUAGUAAAAGAAAUUGA